GCCAGUCCUUCGAAUAAAUAAAGUGCCAUUUCCAAUUUAGGCAUUCUAGUAUGAAACAGCAGCUUCGUUCUUUAAUCGUUGGACAUAAUUAAUCUUGGUCUUUUUUCCCUUCGGUCGGUGCCCUUAUUUAGAUGGCCAGCUUCCCAGAUUGUGUAAAUGAAAAUGAUCUAGACAAGGCUAAGUUCGUUGGUGAACUCCUGGUCCCUGUUGCUCCCUUCGACCAGAAGUCUGGGCGUGAGGCCUGGACUGUAGCCUUUGCACCAAAUGGUUCCUACUUUGCUUGGUCUCAGGGACAUCGCAUUGUCAGGCUCAUCCCUUGGAAUAAAUGCUUGAAGAGCUUUUCACUGAGUGCCGGCGAAGAAGGUACCAACCCAACUAGCCCGCGCCAUUUGUCCCGUCAAAACAGCGAUGGAGGUGUUACCAUCCCACUGGCUGAUGAACCCCGUGAACACACGAUAGACUGUGGGGACAUAGUGUGGGGCCUGGCCUUUGGCUCCUCCGUUCCAGAAAAACAGAGCCGCUGUGUCAAUAUUGAGUGGCACCGGUUCAAGUUUGGUCAGGACCAGUUGCUGCUGGCAACAGGUCUCAACAAUGGCCGCAUCAAGAUCUGGGACGUUUACUCUGGAAAACUGUUGCUGAAUCUGAUGGACCACACCGAUGUGGUGAGAGACUUGACCUUUGCUCCCGAUGGCAGCCUCAUGCUGGUGUCUGCGUCCAGAGAUAAGACCCUGCGUGUGUGGGACCUUAAAGACGAUGGUAACAUGGUGAAGGUCCUGCGUGGACAUCAGAACUGGGUGCACUGCAGCUCCUUCUCUCCCGACUCGUCCAUCCUGUGCUCGGUCGGCGCAGGCAAAGCGGUGUUGAUAUGGAACAUGGAUAAGUACACGUUGAUCCGGAAGCUGGAGGGGCAUCAUAACGAUGUUGUAUCCUGUGAGUUUUCACCUGAUGGCGCACUGCUGGCCACGGCCUCUUAUGACACCCGGGUCAUUGUGUGGGACCACCACAAGGGCACCAUUCUCCUGGAGCUGGGUCAUCUCUUCCCCCCUCCAUCACCCAUUUUUGCUGGAGGGGCAAAUGACCGCUGGGUUCGCUCUGUGAGUUUCUGCCCUGAUGGCCGCCACAUCGCCAGCAUUACUGAUGACAGGUUUGUUCGUUUCUGGAGCAUUGAGGAGAGGGCUCCUCAGGCAAUAGCCUCCUUAUCGAAUGGCCUCUGCUGUGCCUUUUCUGCUGAAGGAAGUGUCCUUGCUGCUGGGACUCGUGAUGGAAGCGUCCACUUCUGGGAGGCUCCCCGCAGCAUCGCCAGUCUGCAGCACAUGUGCAGGAUGGCCCUCCGGAGGCUGCUGACCACCCAGCAGGUGGAGGCUUUAGCCAUCCCUACUCCACUCCAGGACUAUCUGACCUACAAAGUGGUCUGAGGCCCCUUUACAGCUCAGCAAACUGACAAACCAAUGAAUACCUUAUUUAAAAAAAAAAAAAAAAAG